AUGGUGUUAGCUCAAUAUGACUAUCUUUUUGCUAUAGGCUUAAUCUUUGCCUUCCUCGAUGCUUGGAAUAUCGGAGCUAACGAUGUUGCUAACUCGUGGGCGACUUCAGUCGCUUCUCGCUCGCUAACCCUCUUCCAGGCAAUGAUAGGAGCCAGUAUCAUGGAAUUCGCAGGAUCUCUCGGUGUUGGAGCCCGUGUCGCUGAUACUAUCCGAACAAAAAUCGUCAGCCCCAACCUAUAUAAUGACUCGCCUGAAGUGCUCCUACUCGGGAUGGUCUGUGCCGUUAUUGCUUCCUCUGUCUGGCUUACUUUGGCCACUAAGAUAGGUCUCCCUGUGUCUACUACCCACUCCAUUAUGGGAGGUGUUAUCGGGAUGGGAAUCGCAUCUGUGGGAGCUAGCAAUAUCACAUGGGUCGCACCAGCUGGUACCAAGGGCACGGAAGUAAUCAACACUGGUGUGGUCUCAGUCUUCCUCGCCUGGAUCAUUGCUCCUGGACUCUCGGCAAUCUUUGCUUCCAUCAUAUUUCUCAUCACUAAAUACGGAGUUAUGUUGCGUAAGAAUCCCGUCAUGAAGGCGUUUGCUCUAGUUCCCGUCUAUUUUGGGUUUACCGCGUCGCUUUUGGUCAUGCUUCUGCUCUGGAAAGGCGGUGGGUAUACCAUUAACUUAAACGAUAACGAACUUGCUGCUGUCAUUGUCUGUAGCGGUAUUGGAUGGGCUGGUAUUAUUGCGAUAUUCCUUAUGCCCUGGCUGUGGCGCGUGGUCGUCAAGGAGGACUGGGAACUUCGAUGGUACCAUAUUUCCCUUGGUCCUUUUCUUUUGAGGCGAGGCGAAGUCCCACCACCCCCAUCAAACUUUCAAGGUGCUAUCCGUAACUUCUACGAGGGCCAUCUCACGAAAGAAGAGCUUGAAGCCAAACGUGCUGCUGCUCUAGCUCGGAACGAUGUCGAGGCAGCUGGCACCAAAGAGACCGCCAAUGAAGCCAACAUUGCAGAGGCUAUCGUCAAGUCUUCGAAGCACUCUGACUCCGGCUCAGAGGAGCUUACUAACGUCCCAGAGAGUAAGUCGCUAGUCGGCCCUAAGCCUGAGGGCCUCUCUUGGUAUUCUGGCCAGAUGCUGUUUUGGUAUCUUAAGAAAGGGCUGUUCAACGGUGUUGAUCAAGAUGUCGUCAAUAUGCAGAAAAAGAAGGAUAUACUGUCUGGGGACCUCGAGGAAAAACACGCCCGGGCAGCGCACUACGACAACAAGGCCGAGUUCAUGUAUUCGUUCUUACAGAUUAUGACCGCUUGUACAGCUUCUUUUACGCAUGGUGCUAAUGACGUUUCGAAUGCCAUCGGACCCUUUACAACAAUCUAUCAGAUCUGGCAACAGGGGCAGGUUCCUAAGAACCCUGAAGUUCCCCUUUGGAUCCUCGCUUUUGGCGGUGUCGCCAUUGUCAUUGGCCUUUGGACUUAUGGGUAUCACAUCAUGGCUAACCUUGGCAAUCGGCUGACGUUGAACUCGCCCUCUCGAGGUUUCUCUAUGGAACUGGGAAGCGCUGUUACUAUUAUUCUUGCUACUCGGCUUAAGCUACCGGUAUCGACUACGCAGUGCAUCACGGGCGCCAUCGUCGGCGUUGGUCUUUGUAAUGGCGACUGGCGGGCGCUUAAUUGGCGAAUGAUCGCUUGGAUCUACGGAGGCUGGAUCUUGACUUUGCCCUGCGCGGGUAUCAUCUCUGGGUGUCUUAUGGGGUUCAUCCUAAAUGCGCCCCGCUGGCACUAA